GCUUAUCAGAUGGACAGGGAAAACAGUUCUGGCUUUGUUGAUUGUUUCUCAAAUGAUCUUGAGCAGAGGCUGAGGCUAGGAGUGAAAAUGCCAAGAAAUGAGAGAUUAUUAAUUGAACUGCAGCAUUCUGAGAAGCCACCUGAGCGCCUCACCUGCCUCAGAGCUGAAUAGACGUUGGUCUGUGUAGCGCAUGCGCUGUUCACUCUAGGGCUCCACUGUCAUGGCGGUGACGAACUGAAGCUACCGGGGCAGAUCAGGAAGCAAACCCAGCGCGGCUGGCUCAACCUUGUCAUUUAACCGAGUCUCCGGAGCUUCCCCGGCAGCGCCGAGCACACCUCCGUCUGCUACCCGCUUCUUCGGAGCCGGACAUAGGACUUCUUCCUCCCUUUGUUGGGAGUUUUCGGUUGUGAGUGUCAAGUGAGUGCACUCGGAGACAGCAGCAACUUCCACAGCUGAAGGGGAGAAAUUAAAGUGACUGUCCAGAGGAGAGAGCUGGUGGAGCGGGAGGACGGCUGGUUGGCUGCUCGCUGCCUGCGGUGUGUGCUUUCUUCACGGCUUUAAUCGCAUCAAUUAAUCCGUGGGGGUAUCAAGUUACGGAGCGAGCAGGACAGAGUGGAGGAGCGGUGACAUUUCCGACCAGCACCACAUUCCCCCGCUGCUCCCUCUUUACAGCCAGCGUCCCUCAAAAAAACUACUUUAAAUGGGAAGAAAAGGGCUCUGAGUAUGUGUCUCUAGACCGGUCACAUCUCAUCUGAAGGGGGAGACAGUAGAACCGUAAUACCCCCCAAACCCCUCGACGUCGGCUGCUCCCUCGCCAUUGGAGGUGAACAGGUGCCUUACCUGUGAACGCCACCUGUCCCGUCCUUCCUUAGCAAAUGGCUAGCGCGGAGUCAGCGGAGCCAGGUGAUGGAAAGGACGGGCGAGCGGGCGCCAUGCAGCUCAACCCCGCGGUCCCCAUCAGGGGGAUCAGGAUGAAGUUCGCCGUGCUGGCUGGCUUGGUGGAAGUUGGAGAAGUUUCCAACCGAGACAUCGUGGAGACCGUGUUCAACCUGCUGGUCGGCGGUCAGUUUGACCUCGAAAUGAACUUCAUCAUCCAGGAGCCAGAGAGCAUUGUGUGCAUGGUGGAGCUGCUGGACAAGUGUGAGCCCACGUGUCAGGCCGAGAUCUGGAGCAUCUUCACCGCCAUUCUCAAGAAAAGCGUGCGGAACCUGCAGGCGUGCACCGAGGUGGAGCUCAUCCAGCAGGUGCUGCACAGGAUCUCCACCACUGACAGCAUGAUUGCAGACUUGCUGGUGGACAUGUUGGGUGUGCUCGCCAGCUACAGCAUCACAGUAAAGGAGCUCAAGCUUUUCUUCAGUAAGCUGCAAGGGGAGCAGGGCCAGUGGCCGCGUCACGCCGUGAAGCUUCUGUCGGUGCUGAAGUACAUGGCUCACAGGAACGGUCCAGACUCCUUCUUCAGCUUCCCUGGGAAGAAUGCAGCUGCUAUAGCUCUACCCCCCAUUGCAAGAUGGCCGUAUCAGAAUGGAUUUACGUUCCACACGUGGAUCCGAAUGGAUCCACUAAACAACAUCAACGUGGAUAAAGACAAGCCUUAUCUAUACUGCUUCCGCACAAGCAAAGGCAUGGGCUACUCCGCACAUUUUGUGGGCGGCUGUUUGAUAGUGACCUCAUUGAAGUCAAAGGGCAAAGGCUUCCAGCACUGCGUGAAGUACGACUUCAAACCACAAAAGUGGUACAUGGUGACUCUGGUUCACGUCUACAAUCGGUGGAAGAACAGUGAAAUCAGCUGCUUUGUGAACGGAGAGCUGGCCUCCUACGGAGACAUCGCCUGGUUUGUCAACACCAGCGACACGUUUGACAAGUGCUUCCUCGGAUCAUCCGAGACGGCCGACGUGAACCGUGUCUUCUGUGGACAGAUGGGCGCCGUUUACCUGUUUGCAGAAGCUCUCAGUGCCGCUCAGAUCCUGGCCAUCUAUCAGCUGGGCCCCGGCUACCAGGGAACGUUCAAGCACCGGGCGGAGAGCGACCUGCUGUUUGCGGAGCAUCAUAAGACACUGCUGUACGACGGCAAACUGGCCUCCAGCAUCGCCUUCACCUACAACCCCUGUGCCACAGACGCCCAGCUCUGCCUGGAGUCCUCCCCGAAGGACAACGCCUCCAUCUUUGUCCACUCUCCACACGCUCUCAUGCUGCAGGACGUGAAGGCUGUGGUGACUCACUCAGUGCAGAGUGGCAUCCACUCCAUCGGUGGCGUCCAGGUCCUCUUCCCUCUGUUUGCACAGCUGGAUUAUUGGCAGCCCUGCAGUCAGGAGCCCGACACAUCUGUCUGCUGCACGCUGCUAUCCUUCAUGAUGGAGCUCUUGAAGAACUCCGUGGCUAUGCAGGAGCAGGUUUUGGCCUGCAAGGGCUUCCUCGUCAUCGGCUACACGCUGGAGAAGUCCUCCAAGGUGCAUGUAACACGGCCUGUCCUGGACAUUGUCCUGGCCUUCUCCAGAUACCUCAGCAACCUGCAGAACGGCAUCUACUUGCUCAAGCAGCUGUGCGAUCACAUUCUGUUCAACCCAGCCAUCUGGAUCCACGCCCCGGCCAAGGUGCAGCUGAUGCUCUACACCUACCUGGCGACAGAGUUCAUCAGCACGGUGACCAUUUAUAACGCCGUCCGCAGGGUGGGCACCGUGCUGCAGGUCAUGCACACCCUGAAGUACUUCUAUUGGGUCGUCAACCCCCAUGACCGCAGCGGAGUCGUACCCAAAGGCGCCGACGGUCCGCGGCCCAAUCAGAAGGAGAUGCUCUCUCUGCGAGCCUUUCUGCUGCUCUUCAUCAAGCAGCUCAUUAUGAAGGAUCAUGGAGUGAAGGAAGACGAGUUGCAGAGCAUCCUCAACUACCUCCUUACCAUGCACGAGGAUGAAAACCUGAUGGAUGUGCUGCAGUUGUUGGUGGCUCUGAUGUCUGAACACCCCGGCACCAUGGUCCAAGCCUUCGACCAGAGAAACGGAAUCCGGGUUAUCUAUAAGCUGCUGGCCUCCAAAAAUGAAGGCAUAAGAGUCCAGGCCCUGAAGGUCAUGGGCUACUUUCUGAAGAGCUUAUCAGCAAAGAGGAAGUCUGAGGUUAUGCUGACCCACGGCCUUUUCUCGCUGCUCACCGAACGCCUGAUGCUCCACUCCAACCCGUUCACCAUGACGACCUACAACACCCUGUUUGAGAUUCUAACGGAGCAGAUCUGCACCCAGGUGAUCCACAAGCAGCAUCCAGACCCCGACUCCUCCGUGAAGAUCGUCAACCCACAGAUCCUGAAGGUAAUCGCUGCUCUGCUGAAGAACUGCCCCCAGUCGCCUGAGAGCAUGGAGGUCCGCCGGGUCUUCCUGUCGGACAUGAUCAAGCUGUUCAAUAACAGCCGAGAGAACCGCAGGAGCCUGCUGCAGUGCUCCGUGUGGCAGGAGUGGAUGCUCUCCCUCUGCUUUGUCAGCCCACGCAGCAACGAGGAGCAGAAAAUCACCGAGAUGGUCUAUGCCGUUUUCCGCAUCCUGCUCUACCACGCCAUCAAGUACGAGUGGGGCGGGUGGCGCGUCUGGGUGGACACCCUGUCCAUCACACACUCCAAGGUGACCUUUGAGCAGCACAAAGAAAGUUUGUCCCGCAUGUUCCGUCAGUACCAGCACCAGGAGUCGACCAGCUCUCGCAGCACCAUUCGCACCAUCUCUGGAGUGAGCCAAAUCUCUGAAGAUACCAAAUCUGUCAACGAGUCGCCUGCUGAAGAGACGGUGCCCUCGACGGUCGUCGAGCUCACAGUAGAUGAAGGGUCCGGUUCCACCAUCACCUCUCCGCCUGUGGAGACUGCAGAGGACAGGAACCAACCUUCCAUCACCGUGUCCAACAUCCUGGCCGGCGCUGAGGAAGAGCAGAAAGUGGAGUUGUCUUCUAAUGAUCAAUCAAACGUUGACAAAGAAACUUCUACUGCAGUGCACAAAGAUGAAGUGACUGAGCCAGAGUCUGAGAAAAACAGCCAUGAUGCAGAAACCUCAGGGAAUGCCCAGAGAGAAGCGUCCGGUCCAAAAACGGAAGAGGACUCUGCUGCCCCAACAAAGGAUGACGCGCAGACAGAGGUAGCCGAACUUGAACAAGGGGAUUCAUCGAAGCACUCAAUGGAAGAGUCAAGUGUAGGUUCUGAAAAAGGAGAUAAGAGCAAGCAGAUGUCCUCUGAGCCUCCAGCUCCCCUGGAGAACAGCGUGGUGGGCGGGGCUUCCAUCUUCAACGAGGACUUGGUCGACGUGUCAUCCGUUAGCGACCAGAUCAACCUGAGCGAUGUGGACGACAGCCAAGAAGAGUCGUCUUAUGCUUCAGCUGCUACGGGCGAAGAAGGAGAGCCUGUUAAAAAAGAGGAAGAUAGGCGUGAAGGGGAUGAAAGCAAAACAAAAGAUCUCCGAGAACAGGAGCCAAAGACGGAAGAAGGUAAACAGGAAACGGAGACGGUGAUCAGAGAAGAAGAAGAAAAGGACCAGGUGUCUUGCUUGGAAAGUCCCGCUUCAGAAACUGAAGUAGCUGAACAAACUGUCAAGGAACCCACCAAAGAAAAUGUUAGUGGUCCAGAGUCGUCCUCUAAUUCAGAAGGUGCUGCUUCAGACCAACGGGCGGCAGCAGCUCCAGAGGCAGCCCCACAAAGCAAGUCUUCAGAGUCCAAUAUGUCCGCUGCAGAGGAGACCCGUCCGGAUGCCCCUGACACCAGCACCAGCAAGACUCCAGAUCCUGUCAGAAAGACCAAAGAGAUCAAAAUCGCCCGGCUGGAUGUGGCAAAUGUUGCUGUGGACACGGAGAGACUUGAACUAAAGGAGACCUCUAUUAUGGAAUCAAGCCAAGGCCAAACCACAACCGCAGCAGGCGCAGCAGGGGAAGCUGGGGAAGCAGAAAGUCCAGCAGGCCGUCCAGAAGACGGCAGCACCUCGGCUCCUUGCUCCACCAUGUUCCGUAUCCCAGAGUUCCGCUGGUCCCACAUGCAUCAGCGCCUCCUCACCGACCUACUCUUCUCUAUCGAGACGGACGUUCAGGCGUGGAGGAGUCACUCCACAAAAACGAUCCUGGACUUUGUGAACAGCAGCGAGAACGCUGUGUUUGUCCACAACAGCAUCCACCUGGUGUCCCAGGUGGUGGACAACCUGAUCAUGGCCUGCGGAGGCAUCCUGCCUCUGCUGUCCGCUGCCACGUCUGCCUCCCAUGAGCUGGAGAACAUCGAGCCGUCCCAGGGUCUGCCGGUGGAGGCCUCCGUCACCUUUCUCCAGCGCCUUAUCAACCUGGCGGAUGUUCUCAUCUUCGCCAGUUCUCUGAACUUCACCGAGAUCGAAGCAGAGAAGAACAUGUCGUCGGGUGGGAUCCUACGCCAGUGCCUCCGCCUCGUAUGUGCUAUAGCAGUGAGAAACUGUCUGGAGUGCCAACAAGCCCAGUUCAAAGGAGCAGAAGGUCCGACCAGAAGCUACACCGUCAUGCCCAGCACCGCAGUGGGAACGGCCAAGUCUGCGUCUGCUCAGAGUCCUGUUGACGUGGUGACAGGGGGAAUGUCCACCGUCAGAGACCUGGACCGGCUCCUCCAGGACAUGGACAUCAACCGCCUCAGGGCCGUCGUGUUCAGAGACAUCGAGGACAGUAAGCAGGCUCAGUUUCUGGCGCUGGCCGUGGUCUACUUCAUCUCAGUCCUCAUGGUGUCAAAGUAUCGGGACAUCCUGGAGCCCCACAACGACAGGAAACCCCCUCUCCGCUCCCAGUCUACCAGGAGUACAGACAUCGGCGCUGAGGUGGAGAACGGCGUCUCUCUGAGACGCUACGACUCGGGCAUCGGCGAUGACCACACGUCGGCUGUGGCCAGCGAAGCUGACCUGUCUUCCUCCGGCGGCCCGGACGCCAUCUCAGAAGCCCUGUCCACUCUGUCCUCCGAGGUCCGCGGCGCGCCCUCCGCCGACUCCAAGUCCAAGAACGUGAAGGACAUCCUCCGCAGCCUGGUGAGCGCGCCGGCUGAAGACGUCAUGGUGGACCCCAGUCUGCUGCCCCUGUCCUUCCUGGGACCUGUGACUGACUUGGACCGGCGAUCAUCGCUCCAGUUUCGUUCAUUCGAUAGAAGCGUCGUCGUCGCACCAAAGAAAGCCGGCGUGUUCCCGUCUCAAGUGUCUCCCGCCGCCCAGACCUCCGCCGCUUCUUCAGUGUCCGCCGGGACGCCAGUGGACGGCGUGGCCGUGGUGUCCUCGGGCGACGCCUCCCAGGUCCCCUCUGUGGACACUGCAGACUCAGGCGGCCAGGUUGCAGCAGGCGGCCAGGUUCCAGCCAGCUCCAGCCUGCCAUCUGUCCCCCCACUUUCCCCUGUGACCCAGAACACAGCCCCCAAUAUGAGCAUCUCGGAGCGCCUGGAGCACGUGUUGGAGAAGGCCGCUCCGCUGCUGAGGGAGAUCUUCGUGGACUUCGCCCCGUUCCUGUCCCGGACCUUGCUGGGUAGCCACGGACAGGAGCUGCUCAUCGAGGGCACCAGUCUGGUGUGCAUGAAGUCCAGCAGCUCGGUGGUGGAGCUCGUCAUGCUGCUGUGUUCUCAGGAAUGGCAGAACUCCAUCCAGAAGAACGCUGGACUGGCCUUCAUCGAGUUGGUCAACGAAGGCAGGCUUCUCAGCCACACGAUGAAGGACCAUCUGGUUCGCGUCGCCAACGAGGCUGAGUUCAUCCUGAGCAGACAGCGGGCCGAAGACAUCCAUAAACAUGCAGAAUUUGAGUCGAACUGCGCCCAGUACGCAGCAGAGAAGCGAGAUGAGGAGAAAAUGUGCGACCAUUUGAUCAGAGCCGCUAAAUUCCGCGACCACAUGACCUCCACUCAGCUCAUCCAGAAGAUCGUCAACAUUUUGACUGACAAACACGGAGCCUGGGGAAGUUCGUCCAGCAGCCGGCCGAGGGAGUUCUGGCGCCUGGACUACUGGGAGGACGAUUUAAGGAGACGACGGCGCUUCAUCAGGAACCCGUUUGGAUCCAGUCACUCGGAAGCGGCGCUCAAAGCGGCCGCCGAACACGCGUCCGAGGACGACAUCCUGAAGCAGUCCAUCAGGAGCCAGGCUCUGGCCAAUCAGAACACGGAGAGCGAGACGUCCCUGGAUGGAGACGAUGACACCCUGUCCUCCCUGGAGGACAAAGACCUGGAGAACCUAACAGGCCCGGUAAACCUGAGCACCAGCGCCCAGCUCAUCGCUCCGGCUGCGGUGGUGAAAGGCACCCUGUCGGUCACCGCCUCCGAGCUCUUCUUCGAGGUGGAUGAGGACGAUCCGAGUUUCAAGGCCAUCGAUCCAAAGAUAUUGUCCUACACUGAAGGUCUUCAUGGAAAAUGGCUGUUCACAGAGAUCCGGGCCGUGUUUUCCAGACGCUACCUUCUGCAGAACACGGCUCUGGAAGUGUUCAUGGCAAACAGAACGGCCGUCAUGUUCAACUUCCCAGAUGCAGCCACGGUAAAGAAGGUGGUCCACAGCCUUCCUCGCGUCGGAUUGGGCACAAACUUCGGUCUUCCUCAGACCAGGCGUAUUUCUCUGGCCACGCCCAAGCAGCUCUUCAAGACGUCCAACAUGACGCAGCGCUGGCAACGCCGCGAGAUAUCCAACUUCGAGUACCUGAUGUUUCUCAACACCAUCGCUGGUCGCACCUAUAACGACCUGAACCAGUACCCGGUCUUCCCCUGGAUCAUCACCAACUAUGACUCGCCAGAACUGGACCUGACUCUGCCUAGCAACUACAGAGACCUGUCUAAGUUGUCGUCUCAGGAGCUGAUCCCGGAGUUCUUCUACCUGCCUGAGAUGUUCGUCAACGCCAACAACUACAACCUGGGAGUGAUGGAGGACGGCACCGUUGUCUCUGAUGUGGAUCUUCCGCCUUGGGCCAAAAGCUCUGAGGAGUUUGUUCGCAUCAAUCGGCAGGCUCUGGAGAGCGAGUUCGUGUCCUGUCAGCUCCACCAGUGGAUUGACCUGAUUUUCGGCUACAAGCAGCAGGGACCCGAAGCUGCCAGGGCCCUCAAUGUUUUCUACUAUCUGACAUAUGAAGGCGCGGUCAACCUGAGCUCCAUUAAAGACCCCAUGCUCAGAGAGGCCGUGGAGUCUCAGAUCAGGAGUUUUGGACAGACUCCUUCUCAGCUGCUCAUUGAGCCUCACCCGCCUCGAAGUUCAGCCAUGCAAGUGACUCCAAUGAUGUUCACGGAGCAGAUGCAGCAGGACGUCAUCAUGGUGCUGAAGUUCCCGUCCAAUUCUCCUGUCACCCACGUGGCGGCCAACACCCAGCCGGGCCUCGCGUCGCCCGCCAUCAUAACCGUCACCGCCAACCGUCUCUUCUCUGUCAACAAAUGGCACGGCUUGACAGGUCAUCAGAACACCGGGGAGCAGCAGUACCAACUUCCUGUGGAAAUUGACCCUUUGAUAGCCAGCAACGUGGGCUCUCACCGGCGUCAGAUCUCAGACCUCCUGGAUCAGAGCAUCCAGAUCAGCUCGCAGUGUUUCAUCAUCACCGCCGACAACCGCUUCAUCCUGCUGUGUGGCUUCUGGGACAAGAGCUUCCGGGUCUACUCCACCGACACAGGGAAGCUGACGCAGAUCGUGUUCGGACACCGGGACGUGGUGACGUGUCUCGCCCGCUCUGAGUCGUACAUCGGCGGCGACUGCUACGUCCUGACAGGCUCCAGAGACGCCACCCUGCUGCUGUGGUACUGGAACGGAAAGCACAGCAGCAUCGGAGAGAGUCCAGGCACAGAGUUUACCACACCGAGGGCCAUCCUGACGGGACACGACUGUGAGGUGACGUCUGUCAGCGUCUGUGCUGAGUUGGGUCUCGUCAUCAGUGGCUGCAAAGAGGGUCCUUGCCUGGUCCAUUCCAUGAACGGAGACCUGCUCCGGACCCUGGAGGCCCCAGAGAGCUGCCUGCGGCCCCGGCUCAUCCAGUCCUCCACCGAGGGCCACUGCAUGAUCUACUACGACAAGGGACACUUCUGCCUCUUCAGCGUCAACGGCAAGCUGCUGCGACACAUGGAGGUGCAGGACAACAUCAAGGCCAUGCUGCUGAGUCGGGACGGUCAGUAUUUGCUGACAGGUGGAGACGGUGGAGUCGUGUCCGUCUGGCAGGUCUCUGACCUCAAACAGCUCUUCACCUUUCCUGGCUGUGACGCAGGGAUCCGCUCCAUGGCAAUGUCACAUGAUCAACGGUGCAUCAUCACUGGCAUGGCGUCUGGCAGCAUUGUCCUCUUCUACAACGACUUCAACAGGUGGCAUCAUGAGUACCAGACCAGAUACUGAGGUCCAGACCGCAGCGCCGCCAGCUGUCCCGAUGUGAACUCUUAUCAAACGGCGCUGUUCUGCCAACAGCUCCACGUUCUGAAUGUAUCUCGGUGGAAAGGGGGUUGGGGGGAGGAUCUGUUCUGUAAGAGCAACAAACUAUUUUUAAAAAAAGGGCAUUGCUAUAUAUUUUGUAGAUCAGAUAGAAAACAUUUCCUAUAACUCUUUAAGGUGGGGGGUUGGGGGGGUUCUGUAACGGUUUGAGUGGAAAUAAUCUAUUUUUAGCUGUAAGAGUCUAUUUUCAUCUCCUCCAGGAAUAGAGCAGGGGGGCGGGAACAUGUUCGGCUGAAAAAUCCAAAUAUUUAUGUACUUUGGAUUGAGUGAUUUGUGUUGGUGUGUGAGUGUGUGAGGGGAAUAAUUAUUGAGCUAUACUUCACUUAAACAUGCUUUUUUUUUCUUUUUCUGGAAACAGCAAGUAGGUAGGAAAUGUUUGAAUAAAAAAACACGAUGUACUUGACAGAAAGAUGAGCAAAGAGGGAAACUUGGUGAUGCUAUCUAUAUACAUGCCGUCCUUAUUUAAGAUAUCUGCUCCCGCUGUGCUUGCUCUGAUUGUUUAUGUGCGAGGCUCGUAUUCAACAGCUAUCAGUUUAUUUAAUGUCUAAGAUCCAAAACUUUCCCGUUAUCAGCCGUUUAAAUAAGUCCGCUUUUGUUCAAAGAAUCAUUUCUUUUCCAUCUCCUCUAGUGGUGAUGAGCUCAUUUCUCUAAAACCUCAACUCUGACUUUAGUCUCCAAAGCAGCAAAGGUCAGCGUGAGAAGUGAAGUGAAAGGAUCAACUUUGUCCCAUUUCUGCUUGUUUUAUUUCAUUUAAAUCAUAUUCAUUAAUUUACAGAAUUAAUCAUUUUUAACACGUUGUCCAGCACCAAAUUGUUGCAACAAAUCGUCUCUUGAACGUGCAUCCACCUCCAGCAUACCUGAUUAGUAAGAAGACAUUCCUCUCUAUAAAGUCUGUGCUUUGUCAUUUUGUCUCUGAUUAUAUGAAGAUGAGGUAUAAUUCAUUAUUUUUGCAAUCAUUUGGAGUGUUUUUGUUUGCCGAGUUCUGACAAUAAAAAUGAAUUUUAU